AUUGUAAAUACACGUGCUAGCGCUAGUACAGUAUUACCCGUAUUACCACUUCCCAGUACCCACCGCGCCAACGUAUUGCGGAAAUUUCACUUUGAAAGAAUAUUGUUGGUGAUGUAAGGACUUCAAUCGUUUUUGCCGAUUUCAUUUCAGCAGAACAUCCCCAUCUCUGUCUCAAAACGCUGGUUCUAUGAAAAACAAGAUUAGAUGCAGGGUGAAAGCUACAUUACCAUGGUAACUGUUAAACAAGUGCUGGGUCUCACUCUGGUCGUGGGAUUAGCCUCAGAGGUCGUCUAUUACAUUUGGAGACGCAGGCUGGUGUCCAGGCUUGGCACUUACUUCAUCAGCAAGUUCAGUGAUUCCCAGACCGAAGCGAUUGACACCACCGCCACCCCUGCAGAGGAUUCAAAGACCUUCAAAGAUCCUCACAUCUACAAGGUCCUCAUAUUCCCUGACAGGGUUAGGGCAUGCAAGCCUCACUUCUGGGGAGACGGGUGCCGGGUUGAGAGGUGCUGGUUCUCCCAUGAUGACAAUAACUCCAUGUACCAGUUCCUGUCCCACAUUCGUUCGGCGGAGACGACCCUGGACGUGUGCGUCUAUGUCAUGACCGAUGCAGAGCUUGUCAAUUUUGUGAUCAGCAUGAAAGGAAGGGGUGUUCUUGUGAGGGUCAUCACCAAUCAGGAAGCUCAGAAUUACACAGGCACUCAAGUCGGCAAAUUAAGAUCCAGAGGGAUACAAGUGAGAACAAACAUCAACUACCUCAUGCAUCACAAGUUUGUAGUGGUGGACAGAAAGAAGGUCAUCACCGGAUCCUUUAACUGGACGAGCCAUGCGACCACAGCCAACAACGAGAACAUGAUCAUCACAGACAAUCCGCAGAUAGUUGAUCCAUACGUUCAAGAGUUUGAUAGGCUGUGGAAGAUGUUUGAUCCUGCUCUGCAGAGCUAGUUGGUGCUGACAUGGACCCUUUUCACACUGCAGCUGUUGGAAUCCUAGGAAUGUACAUUUCUGGACUAUUAAUGCAAAUAUGUUUGCAUUAAUAGGUUUUAUAAAAUAGGUUUAUGGGGUGUUUUUAUGCUUAUGUUUUGGGAAUGUCAUGGGUCUUCUGUAUUGAUUAUGCAAAUUGUCACUGCAGAGCGCAAGUAACUCUUUGAUGAAAGUACAUAUGGAGACAUAUAAAAUGUAAUAGUCUUCCAUUUGACACAAUGAUAUGGCAUUAUAUUUUUAGAAAUCACAAAGUCCCUGCAGUGUUAUAUAAAAUAUCAUUGCUACAUAUGAAAGAAAAAUGAUAAUCCUGUACUAAUUGUUGAUGACUGAUUAUAUGAAUAAGUAUAAGAAAAUGUGGUAGUAGAGUGUAGGCUACCCGUAUGCAGGGAUAUUGUACAUCCAGUAUUCUUCUUUUUCCAUUGAAAUGGAUGAAACCCAUUUAACACUGUCAGAAUAUUUUGCAUUUACCUGUUCAAAAGCUAUGUUCUUGUUGAAUGUUUCUUCUCUGUUUGGGUUUCCCCCAAGUUUCAAAGAAUCAAUCCAACUCUCAAACCAAGCAAAACAAGUAAAAUCUCAGUAAUUAGUUCAUGGAGUGAACACUAGUGGAAAAUGGGGUCAUUAAUCUGAAAAAAACCAAUACAAAUUAUCCAAUUGUAUUCUUCUUUAAUACAGCUAUUUUUUUAGUAAAGAUGAUGGUGUUAAAAAGUGUUAACAGACAUCUAAACAUUUGGCAUGCCUAAAAUAUGAAAUUAUGCAAAGUCAAUAAGCCAUACUGAAGAAUGUUGUCAGUGAUGAUUUUUUUUUUCAAAACAAAGCUGGUAGGAUAAACAAGUACAAAAUAUAUUUUUACCUUUACCAGAUAUUUUUUUUUUUGGGGGGGGAUAAAAAAACCUCAGUGAGCUUGACUUCAAAUAGAUGAAAGAUAUGUGCACUCAUGUCUGCUGCGCGCACAUGUGUGUGUGUGUGUAAACUGUGAAUAUGAUGCAACUAAAGAACAGUGUACAUACAUAAAUUUGUAUGUACAUUGUACUGUACAUGCUGGGUUCAUCGUACAGUGACACGUUAUGAUGCAAAUAUUUUAUCAGGUUGAUAAAGAUAUUUGAAUUUAACCUGGUUUUGUUCUUUCAUUUAUGUUGCGAAGAAAUAAGCUAUGAUAUUCUAUAUGCCAGUAUUUUAUAAUGGGAUCACUUGUGCAUAGUUUUGGAUCCAUGCAACAUUCAAGCAGUUUUUUUUUAAUGUUGCAAAUGUAUUUGAUUCCUUUAUUUUGUCAGUCAUGGAAUAUUUACAAUUUCGCAUGGCUGAAACAUUAAUAUGUACACCCUUUAUUCACAUGCAGUUUCUGAAAUAUGUUACCACUACCAGUGAUAGAGCUCUGACUUACGUUGUUGUUGUUUGUUUUUACCAGGCAUAUUUGAUUGCUUCAGAUAAAUCUGAUACCUGUGGAAUAGCCAUUACAGUCAUUCCACUUCUAUAAUCAUACCAGUUAUUCAAACUUCAUUUGUGUAACAGCCCCUCUUUAAUAAUGAAAGUGAAUUAAGUGAUGCAUUUAAAGGGGUGAUAUACCAUUAUUUAAUUGUGAUUUGCAGAGGAACAACUCAGAAUAUUAAUGAAUAAUUACAAGUGUUUGUUGGAAUUGUAAUUUACUUAUAUGUUACGUUAUUUGCCAAAAUGCCAAGUUAAUGUGUGCUUUGAUUAUUGUGUUAUUUUGUACAAUAUAUGAAUUUGUAAGCUUUACAUAUUUUAUUAUUAUUAAAAAAAUAAACUUAGAA